AUGGCUUUAUGCUCUCCGUGCCACGAGCUAGAAACUGGAGAUGCUCAAGUGAUUGAUGUGGAGACUCAGGCGGUGAUGGAGGAGGGAUAUUCUGUCAAAAAAGGUCAGCAGCCUGAGCCUGAGCACUGCACAAACCCUGAGAAAGAUGCUAGAGAAGCCACCAAAGAUGCCGCGCAGCAUGAGACACCCGCUGGAGCAGAUGGAUCAGGCCACGGGGUUCGAGAGAGCCAAGAUGUUCCCAGUAGUGGCUGUGUCCCUCAUCAUCCAGCGCUGGCUAUGUUUUGGCUGCGUGUCUGCUGCAGUUUGGACGCUGUGGCACAAGAGUCACAAGAGACUGCCAUGUUGAAGCACAAGGUCAGUAAGAUUGCACCGCAUUCAUUGAGCCAGCGGGCCAAUGAGAUCUCAGAGCAUUCGCCAAGCAGCUUGAUUGCAACGCAUUGCUCGACCAACAACAAGCAUGACCAAGUCCGUAGAGUACGAUUGGGGAAUGAAAAGACUGAUUGGUGGAAAUAA